GUAUUGUACUGUUGAAGUGACACCUGCUCUCGCGAGAUCCCGCUUGCUGCUGAGUCGCUUCUCUCGGAAAGUGUCGUGAGACGUUGAUAGUAGAGGACUGCUCGGCUAAGCCCUCCUAAAAAAAAAAUAUCAAUCCCCGCUGGACAACUGACACUUUGCAGAAAGGCCUCAAGCACUUAAACUGACGUUUAGGAACAUCGUCUGAAUCAUGGGGAACAUUUUUGGGAAUUUGCUGAAGAGCCUCAUAGGGAAGAAAGAGAUGAGGAUCUUGAUGGUGGGGCUUGAUGCUGCUGGAAAAACAACGAUCCUCUAUAAGCUCAAACUGGGGGAAAUAGUCACUACAAUCCCAACAAUCGGGUUUAACGUGGAGACAGUGGAAUACAAGAACAUCAGCUUCACUGUGUGGGACGUGGGUGGGCAGGACAAGAUCCGUCCUCUCUGGAGACACUACUUUCAAAACACGCAGGGUCUAAUCUUUGUGGUGGACAGUAAUGACAGAGAGCGUGUGAACGAAGCGCGAGAGGAGCUGAUGAGGAUGCUGGCUGAGGACGAGCUGAGGGAUGCCGUGCUCCUCGUGUUUGCUAAUAAACAGGACUUACCAAACGCCAUGAAUGCCGCAGAGAUCACAGACAAGUUGGGCUUGCACUCUCUGCGUCAUCGCAACUGGUACAUCCAGGCCACCUGCGCCACCAGCGGCGAUGGCCUCUACGAGGGCCUCGAUUGGCUGGCCAAUCAACUCAAGAACAAGAAGUAAGAAGAAAACUGGAAGAAAGCAUCCAGCGACCACACCCAUACCUACUUUUUAUUUCUUUUUAGGGAUGAGGGUGCGGGUUGAGCACCGAGGUUUUUGAUUGAUAAAAGAUUCUGGGUCUUGGGUGGGGGCGGCGGGGUGUCAGAUUUAGAUUUUUGGUCUGGUCCUUCUGGUUUUCUGUGGUUAUAAAAAAAACACAUUCUCAUGUUCGUAUCUAACCACUCACUCACAGACACACACACAGAGACACACAUGCACACUAACAAUAAGCAAUCACAGCAGGCACUUGCUUUUCCUCCGUCCACCUCUUGUCCACCAAUCGUCUUUAGGUAUAUAAUGUACUGUAUGUUAGUCUCUAGGUGCUGUGUCGAGUCACAUGGGACUCCAGCAACGAGUCCAAUCUGACUUUGUUGAUGUAUGUUUUCCGUUGCCAGUGGUCCAUGAAAGGAACUCCACGUCCUGUUUUUUUUUCUUCUUGUUUUUGUUGUUUUUUAUGUCUUUUCCUACAGAGUUCCAGAGCCAUGUUUGAGAACAGUCACAUCUGGCAGAUUCAUGUCACAAUAACUAAUAUGAUUGCUUUGCGUGUACUUGAACUCCGCAGCCUAGACAGUAUUAUCCCAAGCAGCUCUCUGACGUCUUUUGAUAUCUGUGCCAUGUUUCUACUCCCCGUGUGGCAACCUGAAGCGUCGAAGCCGCCCUUUUUAAAUAUUUUAAAACGCACAACACUCUUUCUCAGUUGCCUCACCUGCAUGCAUCCUGCCACCACUGUUGGGUACUUCUCUAUCCAGAGAACCGCAUAGAUGUUAAUUGUAUGUUUUCUCCCCUCAACCUGUUCUCGCGCCGUUUACAGUAGGAUGCACAAAACUAUCUGAAAUCACCACUUUUAGUGCAGUUGGUGGCAACAUUUGCUCAGAACAACAACAACAAAAAAAAGCCAACAAAAAAAAGCCAACAAAAAAAGCGACUAGUCAGCUUUACGGUCUUUUUAGAUGUGAAAACAGCAUAUAGCACAUUAACUCAGCACAGAUGGCCUGUGCUGCUUGUCUAUACGAGUACUCGAACUGCGUCAGGUUGCUCUUGCUUGUGUGGAUUUUUUUU